CUCUCUCCUCCUCUCCUUUCCCCUCUGCCCCAACACUCCCCCACUCUGCCUCCUUCUUCGCCGCUUCUCUCCCCUCGACUCGGAGGAGCGGUCAACCGGCAUGUUGGACCCUUUCCCUCCCUCGCCAGCCUGGCUGCGAGACGCCGUCGAGCCCUGGGCCCUCCACUACAACGUCCCAGCCCUGACCGAACAUGCCCACGAGGUCAUCAUCGCCUUUGUCGGCUACCUGGCCAUCCACUUCGUCCUCUCCCCCCUGCUGUCGCCCAUCCUGUUCCCCCGCCACUACCCCCAACUCAACCCUCGCACCAAGCUCAACUGGGAUGUCCACGUCGUCUCCCUGGUGCAGAGCACCUUCAUCAACGCCCUCGCCCUCUGGGUCAUGUUCGUCGAUGACGAGCGGAACUCCAUGACCGCCGGCGAGCGCGUCUACGGAUACACCGGCGGCUGCGGCCUCGUCUCCGCCUUCGCAGCCGGAUACUUUGUCUACGAUCUGAUCGUCAGCACCGUCUACAUCAAGCUCUUCGGUGUCGGAAUGCUGUUCCAUGCCCUCAGCGCCCUGUGGGUGUUCAGUUUCGGAUUCAGACCCUUUGUGAACUACUACUCCCCGGUCUUCAUCCUCUACGAACUCUCCAGCCCCUUCCUCAAUAUCCACUGGUUCCUCGACAAGGUCAACAUGACCGGCAGCAAAUUCCAAUGGUACAACGGCAUGCUCCUGCUCUCCAGCUUCUUCUGCUGCCGUCUCCUCUGGGGCACCUACCAAUCGCUCGCCGUCUACCAGGACAUGUGGUACGCGCUGAAGCAGACCUGGGACGCCUCCGUCUUCCAGAUCCGCGACGGCUCCCUGUGCGUCAAUGAGGCCUGUGCUCGCGCCGGCAUCCAGGUCUCCAAAUACGCCCCCCACACCGCCGCCGGCGUCCCCACCUGGCUCGUCCUCACCUACGUCAUCUCCAACCUCGUCCUCAACUUCCUCAACUACUUCUGGUUCUCCAAGAUGGUCGAGACCGUACUGAAGCGCUUCCGUACCCCCCCUGCCGCUGCCGACAAGACCGCGGAGGCCAAGUCCGCUGCCACGGAGGAGAAAAUCAAUCACCUCAGGGAGGAUAUCGCCCAGAAGGUCGUUCUCGAGGCCGCGGCUAAGCUCGAGCAGGAGGAGGGCGGUCCCUUCCUCGAUGAUUUGACGGAUGAGAAGGUCGCUUCGGCCGUCGAUUCCAGGCUCACCGAGGAGUUGAGACGGAGGAAGGCUACCGUGGCUUCUUCUUGA